UUGACGUCCGUCACGUCUCGCCGUUACGUCGGCAGGGUAGGAAGCACGGCGAGCAGACAGUCCGUGAUGAUGGAGCUCUGUCUAGGCGACAGUGCUCAUUAUGGUGAUAUCUGACACCUCCAGUGACAUUAUGCACGUUUGGCUCGCUUGACACGCGAUGUGACUGCGGAUUCGAGUCCGAUAUGACUCGGAUGCUUGUAGCUAGCUAGCUAGCUGUUAGCUUAGCCCUCAUCCAUCCUGCUACAGUCAGAGAGCUCCAGCAGGCAGCUAGCAGCUGAGCUGAUCAGCUGCAGCACCACGCAGAGCCCGGCGAGAGGAUGAUGAGGCCUUAAAUGUCAGAUCGGCGACGGUGUGUUCAGUCAUCAAAUACAGACAUGGCGUCGCAGCUGCAGGUGUUCUCCUCUCCCUCUGUGUCCUCCAGUGCCUACUCUCGUUCAAAGAGGCUCAAAGUGGAGAACCCUGCCUGGGAUGUGUCCAACCAGCUGGGAGAUAAUGGUUACUACCAGCAGAGCCCCACCCAGGGGACUGCACCCUCCACUUCUGGCUCCAACUUCAACCCAGUGUACAACUCCAACCAGGUGCAUCCGCCGACAGCCGGCUCCCGGGAGCAGACGGUGGUGCGGGCAGCAGACAGCACAGGUAGCCUUCGCGGACCUCCCUCCUCCUCUUCGUCGUCCUCCUCCUCCAGCCGUCGUGUCAAGGAUGCCGAGUCCUCCUCCCAGCCGUGCGACCUCUACCACAAGCAUUAUAGCUUGAAGCGGAAGAGCGAGGAGGUGGACAGCAGCGACAGUGUCCAGAUACUGGAGGAGCUCUCAGCCCCAGUGGUCUUAAACCGCACUGGUGGUGGAGGGGGAACCACCACAGCUCAGUCCAUAGCACAUUCCACUUCUACCACGAAGAGCAGCAACUCCCACAGCGAGGGCGACUACCAGCUAGUCCAGCAUGAGAUUCUGUGCUCAAUGUCCAACAGCUACGAGGUGCUCGAGUUCCUGGGACGCGGCACCUUCGGCCAGGUGGCAAAAUGCUGGAAGCGAGGCACAAACGAGAUAGUGGCGAUUAAAAUCUUGAAGAACCAUCCCUCUUAUGCUCGGCAAGGUCAAAUUGAAGUGAGCAUCCUUAGCAGGCUGAGCACAGAGAACGCCGAUGAGUUCAACUUUGUCCGCUCAUACGAGUGUUUCCAGCACAAGAACCACACGUGCCUUGUGUUUGAGAUGCUGGAGCAGAACCUUUACGACUUCCUGAAGCACAGCAAGUUCAGCCCUCUGCUGCUCAAGUGUAUACGGCCUAUUCUGCAGCAGGUCGCCACGGCACUGAUGAAGCUGAAAAGCCUGGGGCUGAUCCACGCCGACCUGAAGCCUGAAAACAUCAUGUUAGUGGAUCCUUUGAGGCAGCCGUACAGAGUGAAAGUCAUUGAUUUCGGCUCCGCCAGCCACGUGUCCAAGGCGGUUUGCUCCACCUACCUGCAGUCACGAUACUACAGAGCUCCGGAGAUCAUUCUGGGCCUUCCUUUCUGUGAAGCGAUCGACAUGUGGUCUUUGGGAUGUGUCAUUGCUGAGCUGUUCUUGGGAUGGCCCCUUUAUCCUGGUGCCUCAGAGUAUGAUCAGAUUCGUUACAUUUCCCAGACCCAGGGCCUUCCAGCAGAGUACCUGCUGAGUGCAGGAACCAAGACCAGCCGCUUUUUCAACAGAGGCCCCGACUCGAGCUACCCCCUCUGGAGACUCAAAACACCUGCAGAGCACGAGGCGGAGAUGGGCAUCAAGUCAAAGGAGGCAAGAAAAUACAUCUUCAACUGUCUAGAUGAUAUGAUGCAGGUAAACAUGACAAACCUGGAGGGGACUGACAUCUUGGCAGAGAAGGCUGACAGGCGGGAGUUCAUAGACCUGCUGAAGAAGAUGCUGACACUAGACGCAGACAAACGGAUCACGCCCAUGAAGACACUGAACCACCCCUUUGUUACCAUGACACACCUGCUGCACUUCCCUCACAGCUCACAUGUGAAGUCCUGCUUCCAAAAUAUGGAUAUAUGCAAACGCAGAUGCAGCGCCUUUGAGAACGGAAAAAAUAUGUUUACCAGCAACAACACCCCAAGUGCAGCCACCAACCUCACUGUCACCUUCAGUAGCCAACUAAACCAGCACAAUCAGAUGGCCUCUACAGGAGGCCAGUCCCUGUCCCUCAGCAGUAAUGUCCCAUUGCUGAACUACCAGCCUGGCCUCUACCAGCAGGCCACCAUAAACAUCCCUGGCUUAACCCAGCAGGGUGUGCCCCUGCAGACCAGACCCACCCAGCUCUGCACCCAGACUGAGCCCUUCCAGCAAACACUCAUAGUUUGCCCCCCCACCAUUCAGGGUCUUCAAACAUCCAAUAAGCCCUCUGGUUAUCCAGUCAGGAUGGACAACUCAGUACCCUUAGUUCCUCAGAACCAGUCAUCCCAGUCUCUUCACAUCCAGCCCAGCAUGCUGGCACAGGCCUCCAUCGACCCCCUGCUGGUAAGCAGCCUGUAUGCCUCGGUGGCAGGAAUGCUGCCUUUGGGCUCGGUCCGGCUGCCAGUUGGCUGCAGGGGUGAAAGCCUUGGCGGCUUACUGGAUCUGAAUGCCUCCAUGCUGCAGGGCUGGCCAGCAGGCACACAACAGAUCCUCAUCCCUUCCACAUGGCAGCAGAUGCCAGGCAUGGCCAUCCACAACCCUGGGCAGACUGUAGUGCCCGACUCACCCAUGGGAACCUCUAUCUCCGACAGUCAACAAGCUUCUGGCUGGAGGGGUCGUCAUGGAAGCCAGUACGAUGGCGUCAGCCAGCAGGACUCUGGUGUUGGCCGUCACGCUGCCUCCCAAAGCCACAACUCAGGGGCGGCUCACUCAAGAUCCCAACUGGGCAAGAGGUCAAAGGCUCGACAUGCUGAGAGCAGAGCCAGGCCUGUGUCGUCAGUGCUUUCAGCCACCACUGUGGUUCACAACACUUCUGCUUUUGCUGGUGACCAGUCUCAGCCCAUCAUCAUCUCUGACACACCUAGUCCUGCUGUCAGCAUCAUCACCAUCCACAGCGACUCAGAAGAUGAAGAUGACAGGAAGUUCCCUACUGCCUGCUCUGGAACAAGCCAGAGGACCAACGUGAUCAGCUGUGUGACGGUACACGACUCCCAUGACUCUGACUCCUCCACUAGCAGCCCCCUGAGCCCCAAGACCACCUCACAGCCCACCAAGUCUCUGGCCAUCAUCAUGCCCUCUGUGAAGAGCCAGCCAGGGGAGAGCACAACCCACAAAGCUCCAGCAGCUCCAGAUCAAGCUACAAGUGGCUCUGGAAAGUUGAAGAAGGGGUCAGCUCAGCAGUCCAGUCGGCCAGGAGAUUCCAACACUGAUCGCCAUCAACGGGCCGCACCCAGCAGAUCUCAGCCUCUUAACCUGAGUCAGGUACAGCAGUCUAUGCUGUCAUCAUCCCAGGACCAAACAGGAAGCAGUAGUUCCCUGAAGCGGCAGCCCACAUACCCCCCUCCCGUCUCCUCCCACUCAUCCUACAACGCCCUCUUCAGCUCAACCCCGAACCUGUACGCCUACCCAGCGUCUGCAGCCCUGGCCUCUGUGUCCCAAGCUGUGGACCAGAUGCAAGGUAGCUCGUCCCGCCACAGCAGGGCGAGCGGAGCUUACUCUUCCCUGGUGCUGCUCCAGAAGAACGGCAGCCUGGCCUUAGGGGGGUCUGCUCCGGGACAGUAUGGCAAUCACCCCCAACAACAACAACAACAACAACAGCAGCAGCAGCAGCAGCAGCAGCUGGGAGGGCAGCCUUUCCACCACCCCAGUGCUACUUACCAGCGAAAACUCAACCAGUUUCCCUACCUGUAAAGACUGAUGGCUGAUUGAGACAGAAGCUCUGCAUGAAGACCAAAUGGAGACCAAGACUAGAGGAGCACAAGCUCAUCACAGGUGGCUGUGAUUACACUUGUUUUCAACUAAACUUUUAACUUUCCUUUACUGUCCAGUCCUUAUUUCUGUGAUUAUAAAUAAUCACAGAAUGUAUUUAUAUUUUAAUCACGGUCCGUUUAAAAAAAAAAAAAAAAAAAAAAAAAUGUUCCAACUUUGGAGUUUCUUUGCGUUGCAUACAGCAUGUUAACAGCAACAAACAGUGGAGUCUGUAAGUAUCUGAACAGUGAUACAUUUCUUGUUGUGUUGGUUCUGUACUCCAGUACUCCAGAUUUCGAAAUUAAACAAUAAGUAUGUGAGCGCCGACUUUCAGCUUUAAUUUAAAGGGUGUUUACAUCCACAUCAGAUGAAACGAGUAGGAAUUGUAGCUCUUUUUAUACAUAGUCAAAUUCCAAACAAAAAGCUGAAAAUUCUACUUACAGACUGCAAUGUUAAGUUGAUGUUUAACGUAACCAAAUGUUUAUUUCAUUUGAGAAAUGUGUGUUAAGGAGAAACUGGAACUUGCUGCUCUCUAUUAUCAUUAUUAUCGUUAAAAGUUGCAUUUACAUAUACACAAUUGCCUUACUUAUUUAGGCCAAUGUCUUUUAUUUUAAACUUUAAUAUGUCAACACGUCGUGAUAAGUUAGAUGUUGUAUGUUUCAUUUAUGAAUGUACUGUGUGUGUUAUCUGUAUUAUGAAAAAAAAUGGAGAAAGUAAGAUAUGUACUGUACUGUAUAAUGAUGUGUCUGUGUUCUCCAAAUGUUUUCCAUUCUGUUUUAGUACUGGCCAUUGACUUGAUUAUAUUUAUGUGUUUAGUAUGUUGAAUGAUGCAGUACGUUUCAGCAGUAGAGUAGGGUGUGGUAUUUAGAGGGGAUUGUCAUGUUUUUUACAGUUUUAAAGUUAUUCUUAAGGUUGCAUGUGUCUGACAUGGAGUAGCAUUCAGGACAGGUUCAAAAACUGCAGCUUUAAAAGGUCCAGUGUGUAACAUUUAGGAGGAGCUGUUGGCACAAAUGGAAUAUAAUAUUUAAAUAUAAGUAUGUUUUCAUUACCUUAGAAUAAGACGUUUUAUCUACAGAGGGAGCGGGUCCCCUUCCACGGAGGUCGCCAUGUUUCUACAGUAGCCCACAACAGACAAACCAAUCACUGGCUCUAGAUUGGGCCUUUUGCGUUUUUUGCAAGUUUGCGGCCACCGUAGUUUCUCCUACAGGCUUGGAAGGGGAGGGUGAGGCGAGCGCUAUUCAAAUGGUCAAAUUUUACCACUAGAUGCCACUAAAUCCUACAAACUGGACCUUUAACUGAUUUUCAGUGUUUGCAGAACACAGAUUAUUAAUGUUAUGUUUGAUUUGUAUGACAAACACAAUGAUAUUGGGAAAAUGUAAAAGCUCUUGUCUUGUGAAGUGAUGUUUGUGAAGUAAAGCGUGCAUAUAAAAUCUGAUUGGGUAUCACACUAUCAUGUAAAAGUCAAAGCCAUUUAGAUUGCAAUUGUAAAAUUCACAGUAAUGCGUUCGAAUUGUGAAUAAUCAGAUCCGACAAAGAUGAUUUAUAAAAAUAUGAAUUGAUGUUUAGUAUGUAACCGCUUCUAAACAAAUCAUUGGUGAAAUGAUGGUUGUUCUUACAAUCCUGCUGUGUUGUGAAGUGCUACAUAACAUAGAACACACAAUGAACCUUAACCCGUAUAUACGCAAUAAAAUCUUCUCCAAACA